CCUUGAAUUGUGUUCUGUUUUGCUAUUCCUAUUCCUAUCCCAUUCCAUUUCUCUCUCUGUGAUCCUAUUGCCCCCUCUCCUGCUCUCUCUAUCUGCCUUUUACCCUAAAAAGAGGCACACAUUUCCCCCUUCACAAACCCCUGCUCGGAGUAGCAGUCUUUUCAGCCCCCAACUUCGAUAGAUAGUGAGUGAGAGAGUGAUAAGCAGAUGGACACUUCAUCUAUAUAGGUUUCGAAUUUUUGUUCUUUUGUAAAACACCAGUCUUUGUUCUUCCAUUCUUUGAUCCAAAAAUCACUUCUUUCUUCUAAAACACAUCUAAAAUCUAUAUAAACACACAAAAAUCUGCGCUGAUUCCCCCCGUUUGCUGUUUAAUGAACUCUAAUGCUUAGAUGCACACCUCAGAAAGAUAAAAGAGUGAGUUUUUCUAGAGGUAGCAUUAAAUAUGGCACCAAGUUUUGAUUGUACAGUUUCAAGCCUUCUAUGUGCUGAAGAUAAUAAUAGUAUUUUUGAUGAUAACGAUUGCUACGGUGCUACCGUGGAGGAGUUUGAGGCCACGUGGCCUGACGGGAAUCAUCAAAUCCAGAAUCAAAAUAGUGGUUGGUGGUUGCCAAUGCAGAGUGAAGAGUGUUUGGUUUUGAUGGUUGAAAAGGAGUGUCAGCAUUUGCCUAGUGGUGAUUACUUGAAGAGACUGAGAAAUGGGGACUUGGGCUUGGGGGCUAGAAAAGAGGCUGUUGAUUGGAUUGCAAAGGUUCAUGCCCACUUUGGUUUUGGACCACUUUGUGCUUAUUUAUCGGUAAACUACUUGGAUAGGUUUCUGUCUGCCUAUGAAUUACCUAAGGGUAACGCUUGGAUGAUGCAGUUAUUGGGUGUGGCUUGUUUAUCUCUUGCGGCCAAAAUGGAGGAGACUGAAGUUCCACUCUCUCUAGAUCUACAGGUGGGUGAAUCAAGAUUUGUAUUUGAAGCAAGAACUAUACAAAGGAUGGAGCUUCUUGUACUGAGCACAUUGGAUUGGAGGAUGCAUGCAAUUACUCCUUUCUCCUUCAUAGACUAUUUCAUUGGCAAGAUCAAUAAUGAUCAAACCCCACCUAGGUCUUUAAUCUUACAAUCAAUCCUUCUCAUACUGAGCACAAUUAAAGGGAUUUACUUCAUGGAAUUUAGGCCUUCUGAGAUUGCAGCAGCAGUGUCAAUAGCUGUUGUGGGGGAAACCAAAACGGUGGACGUUGAGCAAGCAAUUUCUGUACUUGCUCAACCUGUUGAAAAGGAGAGAGUGCUCAAGUGUUUUCAACUGAUUCAUGAUUUGUCAUUGGUUGGUGAAUCUGUCGAGGGCCCAAGUGCCUCACUCCUAUCAGCGCCCCAAAGUCCCGUUGGGGUAUUGGAUGCUGCUUGCUUGAGCUAUAACAGUGAUGUUGGGCCAUGUGCAAAUUCUUCACACAAUACCCCGGACGCCAAGAGGAGGAAGCCAGCCAAACCUUGCGAAGUUUAGUUACAAAAUGAAAGUUGGGACUUUUUGACACAGCAUCUAUUUCAUUUUGUUACACAGGAGCUUUGGUGUGACUAUGAUGAAGGUGUUUCCAAAGAAAAUACACCCCGAAAACCAACUAGAGGAUGACAGAAAAGGAGGGUAAAGAGGAAGUUAAAAGAAGAAGAAGAAGAGAGUUUUAUGAUUAGUGUUCAAUAAGUUGGGUAAUGAUUAAAAAGGAUGGAGGCAAAACGGGAGCGAAAUGUUCAUGCACUUGGCGUGAAAAGGACAGUCACUGCUGUUAAAUAUUAGACUUCUUAACAGCUACAGACAAGGUCUAGAGAGAAGGAAUUUUUUUUUUUUUUCAAAAAAGGGUUUUUGGUCAGCGACAGUUUGCCCGAGUAAGGGGUUCUUCGGUGAAAAAGAAAAUUUCAGAAAAAAAGAAAGAAAACAGAAAACAGAAAAAGGUAACUGUAUGAGAUAUAAGGUUGGAUAAUUUCUUUUUUUUUUUGUAAAAAAAUAAAAUAAAAAUUCUAACU